AUGAAAUUUCUAGGGUAUACUACUGCUUUCACACUUGGAAAUGAGACAGAUAGAGCUUCAUUUCUGGCUUUCAAGACAGAAAUAACUGAAGAUUCUCUAGGUGCCUUGGCAUCUUGGAACAAUUCUCUCCAUAUUUGCAAGUGGGCUGGUGUUGCUUGCGGCCUCAAACACCAAAGAGUAACAAGUCUGAAUCUCCAAGGACUGAAGUUGAGUGGAACCAUCUCACCUCAUCUUGGAAAUUUGUCUUUUCUACGCUCUCUUGACCUGUCUGACAACUACUUUCAAGGUGGGAUUCCACCAGAAUUGGGCAACUUAUUCAGGCUUCAAUACCUGAACAUGAGCUUCAAUUUUCUUGGAGGGCAUAUUUCUGCAAAUUUGUCACAAUGUUCCAACCUCACGGCUCUUGUACUGGAUCACAACUACUUUGUCGGACAGAUACCAUAUGAACUUGGCUACUUAGUAAACCUCAGGCAACUCUAUCUUGGAAACAAUCUCACAGAAAGUAUUCCAGCUUCUAUUGGAAAUCUUGCAGCUCUCCGGGUGCUGUACUUGUCUUACAACCAUUUGCAGGGUGAAGUUCCAGGUUCCAUAUCUCAGCUUAGAGAUUUAGCGGCACUUGGGCUAUCAGAUAACAAUCUUUACGGUGAAUUUCCUCCUGCACUUUAUAAUAUGUCAUCUCUCAGAUUCAUUGCCCUGACGGACAACAAGUUCACAGGCUUCCUAAUACCUAACAUUGGCCUUUCUUGGCCGAAUCUUGACAGGAUCUAUUUGGCAGCUAAUUUUUUCACUGGGCAGAUUCCAUAUUCAUUUUCUAAUGCUUCAAACCUUUUGCAACUUGAACUUCUUGGGAAUCAAUUCACAGGACAAGUACCUUUUGAGUUUUGCUUCAAUUGGACGACUUCAAACCUGGGAACACUUGCUUUAAGUUCAAACCAGUUUACAGGUGAGAUUCCGUCUUCCAUUGGCAACAUAACACAGCUGAUAAAUUUUUAUACUGCCACCAACAACCUUGAGGGAAGUCUACCUUUAAACUUGGGAAAUUGUUUAGAGAUGCAAAGUUUAGACCUUUCACAGAAUAAUCUGAGUGGCAGACUACCUGUACAACUGAUGCAGAUUACAACACUUAGAGCAGUAAAUUUCUCUUACAAUUCCCUGACUGGUUCCAUACCCCCGGAUAUUGGAGACUUGAGGCAUCUUGUUUAUGCUGAUUUUUCCUACAAUAGGUAUUCUGGUAACAUACCAAUCAGCAUGGGAAAAUUAUCGGCUGUAACAAUUCUCUACACGCAGAAUAAUUCACUCCAAGGGACGAUACCUUAUUUUGGGGGUCCGCUAUCUCUUCAGUAUCUAGAUCUCUCCUGCAAUAACCUUUCUGGCCAAGUUCCACCUUUCUUUAUGAAUCUUUCUUCUCUGGUCUACCUUAACUUGUCAUUCAAUAAUUUAGAAGGAGGAUUCUCUUCAGAAAACUUGAUUGAUUCAGGUAGUUUUGGAACUGUAGACAAGGGAACUCUUAGUCCAGAUGAAACAGUAAUAGCUGUCAAUGUACUGCACCUCCAUCUGCCAGAUGCUUCUAAGAGCUUCAUGGCUGAAUGCCAAGCCUUGAGACAUACAAGGCACCGCAACCUUGUCAAGGUAAUAACAGCAUGUUCAAGUUCUGAUUUCCAGGGUAAUGAUUUCAAAGCUAUAGUUUAUCCCUUCAUGAAAAAUGGGAGCCUAGAGGAGUGGUUACAUCCAAAAUCUGAAAGGCACCAUAAUGGCUUAAACAUUAUUCAGAGAAUCAACAUUCUCGUAGAUGUGGCUGCUGCAAUAUCUUAA